CCUCCUAAGGAUGUGUUUGAUCCAUUAACGAUUGAAAGCAAAAAAGCAGCAACUGUGGUGUUAAUGCUUAAUUCUCCAGAAGAAGAAAUUUUGGCUAAAGCAUGUGAAGCCAUUUAUAGAUUUGCUUUAAAAGGUGAAGAAAAUAAAGCUACCCUCCUUGAACUUGGAGCUGUGGAACCCUUAACUAAACUGCUCACCCAUGAAGACAAAAUUGUAAGAAGAAAUGCCACUAUGAUAUUUGGAAUCCUGGCUUCUAACAAUGAUGUUAAAAAAUUGUUAAGGGAGUUAGAUGUCAUGAAUUCCAUCAUUGCUCAGCUUGCUCCAGAAGAGGAAGUGGUUAUCCAUGAGUUUGCCAGUCUUUGCCUGGCGAACAUGUCUGCAGAGUAUACCGGCAAAGUGCAAAUAUUUGAGCAUGGUGGGUUAGAGCCACUCAUCAGACUGCUGGCCAGCCCAGACCCUGACGUGAAGAAGAACUCUAUUGAGUGCAUUUACAACUUGGUCCAGGAUUUUCAGUGUCGAGCUACACUUCAAGAACUAAAUGCAGUCCCCCCUAUAUUAGAUCUCUUGAAGUCAGAAUAUCCAAUUAUUCAAUUGUUGGCUCUCAAAACCUUAGGUGUUAUUACAAAUGAUAAGGAGGCACGGGCUAUGCUAAGGGACAAUCAAGGAAUGGACCACCUUCUUAAAAUCCUAGAAACUAAGGAAUUGAAUGACCUUCAUAUAGAAGCACUUUCUGUGAUAGCAAAUUGCCUUGAAGAUAUGGAUACUUUGGUGCUCAUUCAGCAGACAGGGGGUCUUAAGAAGCUCCUCUCAUUUGCAGAAAACUCUACAAUUCCUGAUAUUCAGAAGAAUGCAGCAAAAGCAAUAACUAAAGCAGCUUAUGACCCUGAAAAUAGAAAACUCUUUCACGAACAGGAGGUAGAAAAAUGCCUUGUGGCCCUUUUGGGUUCUGAAAAUGAUGGAACGAAAAUUGCUGCCUCCCAAGCUAUUUCGGUGAUGUGUGAGAAUUCAGGCAGCAAAGAAUUUUUCAAUAAUCAGGGGAUUCCACAGUUAAUUCAGUCGCUCAGGAGUGACAGUGAAGAAGUAAGGGAAGCCGCGGCCCUCGCCCUAGCUAAUCUGACCACAUGCAACACGGCGAAUGCAAAUGCUGCUGCUGAAGCUGAUGGUAUUGAUCCAUUAAUAAACAUCCUGUCCAGUAAACGAGAUGGAGCCAUUUCCAACGCUGCUACAGUAUUAGCAAACAUGGCAAUGCAGGAGCCCCUUCGUGUGAGCAUACAGAACCACAAUGUCAUGCACGCCCUCAUCAGCCCACUCCAUUCUGCAAACACGAUCGUGCAGAGCAAAGCGGCUCUCAUGGUGGCUGCAACCGCAUGCGAUGUUGAGGCCCGGACAGAGUUAAGAAAUUCAGGCGGCCUGGAGCCGCUGGUGGAGCUCCUGCGCUCUAAGAAUGCAGAAGUGAGAAGGCACGCCAGCUGGGCCGUGAUGGUCUGCGCCAACGAUGAGCUGAUGGCUGUUGAAUUAUGCAGGCUUGGGGCUUUAGAUAUCCUUGAAGAAGUUAAUCUAUCAGUAAGUCGAAAAAAUAAAUUCAGUGAGGCAGCUUAUAACAAAUUGCUCAACAACUACCUGUCCCUGAAAUACAGCCUGACUGGCUAUUUGUCAUCAAGUAACAUAAUUAGUGACGGAUUCUAUGAUUAUGGUCAGAUAAAUCCCGGCACCAAACUUUUGCCUUUGAAGGAUCUCUGCUUACAAGAGCCAAGUGAUCUACGUGCUGUACUCUUAGUUAACAGUAAAUCUGACGUUUCUCCACCUCCAUCUAUGGAAGAUAAGUCAUCAGAUAUUGGUUAUGGACGGAGUAUUUCUUCCUCAUCUUCUUUAAGAAGAGCAAGUAAAGAAAAGACAAAUACUGGAUUUGGAUCUCCCACAGAAGACAAAUCGGAACCUACUUCUGGACGAAAUACUGCUCUUAGCAAAAGCACCACGAAGGAGAAAGGAUCAAGGAAAGGCCGAGGGAAAAGAGAAGAGGAAAAAGUGAAGGAGGAAGAGGAGGUUGCAACAGCCCCAAAACUGGCUGGAGAAGGGAGCCCCGAUAAAGAAUGGUACCCUCCCUCCGACCCGGACUUCUGUGUUUAUGUAUAUGAAGUGACCAAGUCAAUAUUUCCUAUAACCAAUAUUAAGGAGCAGAUUGAGGCUCUUGCAAAGUAUGUGGCAGAAAAAAUGGGCGGUAAAGUUUCAAAAGAGAAACUACAUGAUUUCAGCUGGGAACUUCAUAUAAGUGAACUAAAAUUUCAACUCAAAUCCAAUGUUAUACCAAUUGGACUGAUCAAAAAAGGAAUCUUCUACCAUCGAGCUUUGCUUUUCAAGGCGCUGGCUGAUAAAAUUGGCAUUGGCUGCUCUCUGGUUCGUGGGGAGUAUGGCAGAGCCUGGAAUGAAGUUAAGUUGAUGAAUGAAUCUCGUAAGGGACUGAUUGGGGCUCUCCCUCCCCCUGAGGUGUAUAUCGUUGACCUCAUGUUCCAUCCAGGCGGGUUGAUGAAGUUAAGAAGUAAAGAGGCAGAUCUUUACAGAUAUCUCUAAGCUACCAAGUGAACAAAAAGGGGUUCACACAAGAAGUGCAUUAUAUACACUUCUUAUGAAGUUCACCAAUUGAUUUUAUUUCUUUAAAUAAAAGUAUUAGAAAUGUU